AUGGCUUCCAAUGAGACCAACGGCAAGCCCGACAACUUCGUGUUCACGGCUGAGGCCCUCCAAAAGGCCCCGCCAAGCAUGGCAAUGGCCACGAGAGCCAUCCAUGCGGAUGACUUUGUGAGUCCUCACCACGCAAUCGCGCCGGCGAUACACGUGGCUGUCUGUUACAGAUACUCGAGAAACCCUGACAACCUCGUUCCGAAGGUUACUGAUGAUGUA